AUGACUAUGACCAUCGACAAUCAACAACGCUUCGGCGGCAUGAACUUCGACCACAUGCCUUACUCCAACUCCCCUCAGUUUACCAACCCAUGGACUUCAGCUCCCGCUCAAGGCCACACCCUUUAUGCUUCCUCUCACAACCACCUCAAUCCCAAUCUGGGACUCGAUGGCCUUGCAAAGCAGCAACACGCCCGGAUGAACAGCAAUGUGUCCCUGGGAUCUUAUGCUAGUGUACCCAUCACCACGGCAUCAGCAGGUAGCCCUCUCUUAGCGGAUGUCUAUGGUUCGCAGGAUUUACUCACCAUGCCCCAAGAUUUGUUGAGUCCAAACCGUUCUGUAUCAACUGGAUAUGGGAAUGAAACUGGAUACGCAAAUGCUACUUCGCCGGUGCACAAUGCCUAUGCGCCUACAUCAACCCCUUACGACUCAAUGGGCUACGCCCCAGCACCUGUACGAUCUACAUACGCCCUCCAGCAGCAAGAUAACUCGAGACGAUUAUCACAACCGUCAGUGCCCUCAACUUCCUUCCUCGACCUGUCGGAAGACGCGCAGCGCCUCCAACGCCAGAACUCCCUUAUUGACUUCAGUGACAGAGGCCUACAAAACGAGUCGACUCGAAGCUUCGGCGAGGCGAUUGAUGCCAGCCGAGGGAUGAUCGCCAUGAGCCAAAACGCCACUCCACGCAACAUCUAUGGACCCCAAGGUCGUGGCGGAAGAGGAUCGGGCGAUUCAUACGGCUUCCCCACGACAACCCAUUCAACCAGCUCAUCAAUAUCAUCAACGAGCAACUACCCGUCUUACUUUGGCGGCUCUGUUGACUCCUCCGUGAGCGAUUACUCGAAUGCGGGGUCAGACAUUGAGUCGGUCUCGUCGCGGACACUCCCGAGACCCUCAGGUCUGCUCAAUGGUGGUAUCCCUCCUGCGCCACAAUCGAUGAUGGGCCAGUUUAGUUCCAAAGUGUCAUCCAGCACACAAAAGAAGCACAAGUGCAAAGUCUGCGACAAGCGAUUUACGCGACCCAGUUCGUUGCAAACACAUAUGUACAGUCAUACGGGAGAGAAGCCAUUUUCAUGUGAAGUUGAAGGCUGCGGGCGACACUUUUCCGUUGUCUCGAACCUGCGCAGACAUCGCAAAGUCCACAAGGGUGAAGCCCGCUCGGAGGCUGGAUCUGAAGACCAUCAAUCGGAUGAUUAG